AUUGAAAUCACCUGGCGAUCUAUAUAUAUACCAUCUGUCGUUUUUAUUACUCAAACAAAAAAUCAAUUCAGUGAAUACAUUUAAAUCAGGUAAUGUAUAAACAAUUUGACAAAUAAAAUUUAUAUACGUACUGCAAUCAAUUGAAGUUACAAUGCCUAAUGGAAUUAUGAUGUGUGAAUACAAGGUAGUAAAAUUAUAAUUUAAAAAUUUCACAGUUAUUUCAUUUGAACGAUACAGCUUUCUGUCAGACAUUUCUUAACAUUCCAACAGCCUUUCAGUAGAUAUUUGUCCUGAUCAAUCAUUCAUAUUCUGCGAUCACCUUCCAUAUUGCACGUUGCGUUUCAGAUCGGGCAGGCAAGCUGUCACCAAGAUUGUUACUUUCCGUAAAACGCCAAGACACCACAAUGUCAGUUUCCGGUUUGACAUAUGCGUCAAGAUAAUGGCUAAAUAAAAUGGCUACAGAAGCAUUUUGAGGCUCGUUAAUACUUGCGAGGUUGUCAAUGAGAAUACCUGCAAGCGAGUAAAUAAGACUUAUAGACUUUAUACAUAUGAAAUAAGUAGUUCGAAACAGCUGAAUAGAUUCCAAGGAAAGACAAAAUGAGAGUUUCAGGUUGGAUAUGUAAAUCAUAGCAAAUUUAAUGAUUCUACCCAAGUGUAGUCCAGGUGUAAGUUUUGGCUAUUUUUCCAACCAACUUAAUAUCGACAGAAUUAAAACAGUGGAAUAGAAACAGCAUACCAACUACAUAAUAUAUAAAAAGAACAGGUUUGUAUGUGCCUCAAAUCAGCCUCAUUCUUAGUUUCUUCAAUCAUUAACGGCAUACUUUUACAUCCGUCAAUCUUUAUGUUUCAUUCCGGAAUAAAACUAAAUGCUCAAUUUGUACAUUGUUAUCUACCAAAAGUACUUUGGCAUUGUUGUAUUUUAUUAAUUUAUCCAAAUCACAAACUGCUUUUCACAGCUUUCUGCUUAUAGUUGAGCAAUACAGAAUAGUCAAAAUGGUUGCUCUGAAAUAUUUGUACUUCAUGUUGGCAAUAUUGCAAGCAUUGAAUGAAUCAUACAGUUAUAAACCAGUGAUUAUUAUUCACGGAAUUCUGGAAGGCGCUUCUGGAUUGGAAGAAUUGAAAUCCUAUAUCGAUAAGGCUCAUCCAGGAACCGAGGUUCAUGCGAUUGACAUGUUUGAUUACUACAAUAGUUUCGAACCUAUGUGGAAUCAAGUGGAGGCAAUUAGAAAUGUAACACAUUCCAUCAUGAAAUCUGCAAAAAACGGAGUUCAUAUAAUCGGAUAUUCUCAAGGUGGUCUGAUUGCUCGAGGACUGAUUCAAACUACCGAUGACCACAAUGUUGACAAUUUCAUUGCUUUGUCUUCACCUCUGAAUGGGCAAUAUGGUGAUACUUACGUAUUCAAUUGGUUGUUUCCGCAUAUAAUUAAAGAAGAAAUGUAUAAGUUAUUUUACACAAAAUAUGGACAAAGCUGGUCUAUUGGAAAUUAUUGGAAAGAUCCACAUGAAAUUACUCGUUAUGAAGAAUACAGCGAUUUUCUUGCUCAGUUGAACAAGGAAGUCAAAGCAGAAAACAGCAAAUUCAAAACAUCGUGGAAAAACAAUUUUACUCGACUGAAAAAAUUAGUGUUGAUCGGAGGACCAGACGAUGAAGUCAUAACUCCAUGGCAAAGUGCACAAUUUGGAUUCUACAACGGACACGAACUUGUUGAACCGAUGAAAAAUCUAAAGGUUUACCGAGACGAUUCAUUUGGGCUUCUUACGCUUGAUAAAUCUGAAUCAAUUCAAACCUGCACAUUUCCUGGUGUGAGACAUCUUCGAUGGCCCAAGACACCAACAGUAUUCGAAAAAUGCAUCGAACCUUUUCUGACAUAAAACGAAAUUGAUUUUUAUUGCAAACAACGAUACUGAUAUUCAGUCAUAUGUAUAUUAUUCAUUCUUUGUUGAAAAAUUGCUUUUCUCGCAGAAUGAAAAUUGUAUGCGAACAAUAUUACAUUGAUUAACAUAUUUUAUAAUACCGAGACCACAGGUUUCUCUACACGUAAGAUUUUCUCCAGCAUCUACAUUACUAUAUACAUCGAAACGUGGAAAGACGCUGCUAAAUUAAUUUCUCUGUCCGAUACUGGACUGGUGAACGACUAGAGCCCAUGGUUUGUAGUACGUUUUAAUAAUCAUCGUCUUUCAUGUCAUGGAAUAAAUAAAAUAUCCUGCCUCGGUGAUAUAUAUUCAUUGCUAUUUCUUUUGUAAACAUUUUGUUACUUUGCUUUCUAUUUUAUUGACCGCCAUGAAUGCUAUUACUGUCCUAUAAUAUUUGAUGUGUGCCUUUCCUUUAUAUCAUUGUUCCAAAUAUAUUUGUAUACUUGUGCGA